AUGCCGACGCCAAUUAGCCUUUCAGGUACACCUUUUCUUGAACCAGGGCAGAGCCCUUCACAUAGCCACCAUGACCUUCAAUAUCGCGAUAUUACGGAUUCCCCUACACACCAUGGACUCGGCAUCAGUGGACCGACUACUACAAACUAUGUGCAGCCUGGUAUCUUCACAUAUGACCAUCCUCAUCGCGACGCACUAGAUAAUCAUUUUUCGCCUGGAUCUCAAGUGGCCGGGUUUGGCUUACGGGCCCUCAAUGGUCCUACGCAAUCUAACACUCUAUCUACGCGAUCCAAUCCUGGAAGGGGCCAUGUGAACAUUGCUCCAAAUCCUGAUGGACUUCUUAAACUCCAGCGUGAUAGGAAAAGAAAUCAAGGCGUGGAAACGUCACAACGCCGCAGGUCUUGGUCGUCUCGAAGAAAUUCGGGGCAAAGAUCAAGGCCGUCACAGAUGGAUCGCGAAAACGAAGCUGUUCGAUCAAUGAGAACCGAGAGAAAUUUAUCUUGGAGAGAAAUUGUGAUGAGAAUAAAUGCUGAAUUUAGGACAAACUAUUCAGCCUCCUGUCUUCAAAUGCGGAUGACGCGUAUGAAGCAUCGAGCCAUGCAAUGGCCCGAGGAAGAUGUCCAAGCACUUCAGCGAGCAUAUGAAUUCUGGGAAUGGGAAAAGUUCGAGAUCAUAUCACAGAAGAAGAAAGUCCAGAGGCUUCCAAAGGCCCCCUCCGAUGUCGCCAACGCAGAAAGCAAUAAUAUUUUCCAGCAAAACAAUGCUGUAUAUUAG